ACACAAAGCGGUAGGCAGACGCAUAGUAACGAAUAACGAAUGAAUGCUGGUUUAGUGGAUUAUGGGCGUAUAGGGCAUUCUAUCGGGUCUCACAAAUUUUAUCCGAUUUGCAACAUAAAGAGAGAGGGGAUUGCUUGACUGCGCGAUCCUUACACUCGUGGGAGGCGGACUGUCAUUCCAGCUAUGGAACAACUCAAGCCCCAGAUAAUGGCGACAAAGGGCAAUGAGAAGCAGUCAGAAGUUGAUCCAAACAAUGUUAUUCCUUCUUUCGAGGUAGCAAAAGAGCUCCUUCCAAAUGCCCUUGUGUGGGCUUCUCUACAUGGCUUUGUUGUUGGGGACAGGGCUGUACAGAGAUCUGGACAUAUACCAGGUGUUGGCUUGACACAUGCUCCAUUUUCUCUCUUUCCAGCACCUUUUCCUGAAACUUGUUGGAGUCAGGCCUGUGAUUUAGUUCCCUUAUUCAACGAACUCGUGGAUAGAGUAAGCAUGGAUGGAAUUUUCUUGCAAGAGUCACUAUCCGGGACACGGAAGGUUGACGACUUCACUGCUCGACUGUUAGAUAUCCAUUCUAAAACAUUGCAAGAUAACAUAAGACAGGAAAUACGCCUUGGUCUACACCGUUCAGAUUAUAUGCUAGAUACUGAAACAGGAUCAUUACUACAGAUAGAGCUAAAUACGAUUUCAUCAUCUUUUGCUGGACUUGGAUGCCUUGUUAGUCAGCUUCACAGGUAUUUGAUCAAACAUUUUGGGGAUCAACAUUGCUUGGAUUUGAAAAGAGUGCCUGAAAAUACUACAAUGAAGAGAUAUGUAGAGGCAUUAGCCCAUGCCUGGAAAGAGUUUAAUGACUUAAGUUCUAUUGUGCUGGUAGUUGUGCAGCCAGAAGAGCGCAAUAUGUAUGAUCAACAUUGGAUUUGUAUGCUCCUAAAAGAAUUAUAUGGGGUGUCAACGGUCCGGAAGACUUUAGCUGAAAUUGAUGCUAAGGGAGAAAUUUUAUCAAAUGGAAGUCUACAAAUAGGACAGCGAGUUGUUGCUGUUGUUUACUUCAGAGCUGGUUGUACACCCAUUGAUUAUCCCUCUGAAGCAGAGUGGAGGGGCAGGCUGAUGUUGGAGAUGUCUUCUGCCAUCAAAUGCCCAUCAAUUUCAUAUCAUCUUGCUGGCUCGAAAAAAGGUUCAGCAGGAGUUGGCUAAACCCAAUGUUCUUGAAAGAUUUAUCAAUAAUAAAGAUGAUGCACUCAAACUUCGGAAAUGCUUUGCUGGAUUAUGGAGCUUGCAUUCCAAUGCAAAAAUUAUACAGGAUGCAAUCACAAUGCCAGAAGCAUUUGUUCUUAAGCCAUAGCGUGAAGGAGGAGGAA